CAUGCCUAAACGUACUAUCGAUGAACGAAUUAGUAAAUAUCACAAGAAAAUAGAAAAGUUACAACGAGAGAAAAAUAAGGAACCCUCUCGCAAAAGAAUUCGAGUAAUGCAAUCCUCGUCUGACGAGGAAAAUGAACAAGAUACAAUUAUUGCUGAUGUCAUUGUUCACUGUCCUCCAAUGGACCAAAUAAACCAAGAAAACAGCGUGACUGCACCUGUUCAAUCUGAGGGGCACCAGUGCACCCAACAAUUGCCAAUUAAUGACCUUGAGGAUAAUCCUCGCCAAAACACGGUUGAACAUGAGAUUGCUGAUCUUGAAGUAGACCAAAGUACCCCCAUGCCCGAUGAAACCGCGCAAGCACCUGCAGAAGCACCGGUGGAACCGGAGCUGCUUAUGGCCUUGGGUGAAUCCACAGACGACAUACCUGAAUUUGGUAAACCAAUACAUGAGAGUCUAGCUAGUCUAUGGUUACCUUUACUAAAAAAGGGCAUGCCCAAAGAUAACAAAGAUAAACUUAUGAAAAACUAUUUAAUCCCCGAGAAUUGCAAACUUCUGCAAUCUCCCAAACUUAACGCUGAAAUCUCAGCUGCAGUAUCCGAAAUAGUCAGAGGCCGCGAUAAAAAGCUAUCUAGCUUUCAACAACAACUUGGCGCAGGCAUUACUGCAAUCAAUAAGGGUAUGGAGAUCCUCCUAAGUAGUGAUAACAAAGCUCAGGCUCUGACUCAUUUUAGUGACAGCUGCCGAAUUCUGACAGAUCUUCACUGCGCUUCGACCAAAGAUAGGAUAAAACUAUUAACUCCAAGUCUUGAGAAGAACAUUCUACAUGUAAUACAAGAUUCCGAAAGAGACGAUACUCUCUUUGGAAACGCCUUGUCAGAGAAAAUCAAGGCCAGCAAAGCUAUUCAAAGACAAGGUCAACAGAUAAAAAGUCUGUGCCUUACCAACCUACUACUUCCGGGUUUCGUCAGAUGACGCCAAACCGUUAUACCCCGCCGGGAAACUGGAGGGGUCCACCUCGCUAUUACAUCAGCAGCAGAGGUGGACGAGGCAGCCAGACGAGGAUGGCAACGCCCAGGAGGUCGUACAAUUACAACACAACUCCGGCAGCGAAACCCGCUCCUCAGACCAGGCCUCGUGCUCCCACUCAACAGUAAAUCAGGUACAUUCUGGUAGAAUAAGUUCAUUUUACAAUUGUUGGCUGAAAAUAAGCCAAAAUAAUGAAGUCUUAACUUGGAUUAGGAAGGGAUACAAAAUCCCUUUCUCUAAAAGCGUUGAACAACCUCCAGUAAGCCAUCCCGCUUACUCUUUUGACGAGAGUCGUGACAUGUCCCAUGCAAUUAAUAAAUUACUAGAGUUAGGUGCCAUUUCACAAUGUAAUCCAUCAAGUGACCAGUUUGUGUCUAAAAUAUUUUUGACUCCAAAACCUAACGGUGACAAGCGAUUUAUCUUGAAUCUCAAAUCGCUUAAUACAUUUAUUCCUAAAAUUCAUUUUAAGAUGGAGGACCAUCGAACCGCAUCCAAGUUAAUACCCCAAAAUAGUUACUUAGCCAAUAUUGAUUUAAAAGAAGCCUACCUCUUAAUUCCUAUUCACGUGUCUGAUCGAAAAUAUUUACGUUUUCAAUUUCAAGCCUAUGGCUCUAAAGAAAUUCUAACGUACGAGUUUAACGCUUUGCCCUAUGGCCUAUCCCUGGCUCCCUGGGUUUUUACUAAAGUCAUGAAGGAAGUAAUUACUUACUUAAGAUCCAAUGGUUUGAAAUCCGUCAUGUAUUUAGAUGACAUACUUUGCAUAGGCGAUGACUAUCCUGAUUGUAUUAGAAACGUAAAUGAGACGGUAAAGCUACUCCAAUGUUUAGGCUUCGUUAUUAACUUUAGUAAAAGUUCACUGGAACCCAAACACAGUUGCAAGUUUUUGGGAUUCAUUUUUGAUACUCGUAACAUGUCAAUGUCUUUGCCGAAUGAUAAGCGUAAUAAAAUUGCUCAGUUAGUUAACAAAUUUAUGAAGUUGCCACGCUGUAGUAUUCGUGAAUUUGCUCAAUUGAUUGGCGUACUUGUCGCAGCUUGCCCUGCUGUUAAGUACGGAUGGCUGUACACCAAAAUUUUAGAGCGGCAAAAAUUCCUAUUUUUGCAAAAACAUAAUGAUAACUUUGAGGCCAAAAUAUCUUUACCUAAUAUCAUUUGUACUGACUUAGAUUGGUGGAAUAAGAAUAUUGCUACUGCAAAUAAUCCAAUGAGGACAGAAAACUUUAAAUAUGAAAUCUUUACAGACGCCUCCAGGUCCGGCUGGGGCGCAGUAUGUGGCAAUAAAAGAGUAAAUGGACUUUGGAAAAUUGUUGAAAUGGAAUACCAUAUAAAUUACUUGGAACUGUUCGCGGUAUUUUUAGCCCUAAAAAGUCUCGCUGCAGACGUUACCAACUGUGCAAUAUUAUUACGAAUCGACAACACGACCGCGAUUAGUUAUAUUAACCGCAUGGGCGGAAUACAAUUCCCACAUCUGAAUGACCUAGCAAGAUCAAUUUGGCAAUGGUGUGAGGAGCGCCAUAUUUGGUUAUACGCAUCAUACGUGAAUACCAAACAUAAUUACGCAGAUGAGGAGUCUCGAAAAAUCAACCCUGACACAGAGUGGGAGUUGUCCGCCCAUGCUUUCGAUACGAUUAUAAAAAUAUUAGGUAACCCGGAUGUAGAUUUAUUUGCUUCACGUGCUAACGCGAAAUGCGACGUAUUUGUCUCCUGGAGGCAAGAGCCAGAUGCCAUGGCGGUAGACGCGUUUACGCUUAACUGGAGUUCUAGUUUUUUCUAUGCAUUCCCACCUUUCUCACUGGUACUAAAAUGCUUACGAAAGAUUGUCGACGACAAAGCGGAUGGGAUACUUGUAUUCCCCUACUGGCCUUCACAGGCAUGGUUCCCUUUCCUGACAAAACUCCUAAAGUCGGAAAUAAUAAUUUUCAAUCCUCACAAACAACUCUUGAAAUCACAUUUCAGGGACCACCACCCCUUGCAUGCCAGCCUUACCCUGGGUGCCGCGAGGCUUUGCGGGCGGCGUUCAUCAAGCGGGGAACCCCUCUUGAGGCAGUACCUCUAAUGCUAGCCUCAUUAGCUCGGACCACUUUAAGUCAAUAUAACGUAACCCUAAAGCUCUGGUGGGAAUAUUGCAAUUCAAAAACUUUGAUGCGUAUUUUAUGUCGAUACCCACAGUACUUUCCUUUUUAACGGAACUAUUUAAUAAGGGUUGUUCGUAUAGUUCAUUGAAUAGCCACCGUUCGGCGUUAUCCUUGCUGCUUGGUAGCGAAAUAGGUACAGAUAACUGUGUCAAAAGACUUUUGAAAGGGGCAUUUAAAUUGAAACCAAUAACACCAAAAUAUAAUUCCACCUGGGACCCUCAGGUUGUACUAAAUCAUCUUUCGUCUUGGUUUCCCAACUCCGAUAUCCCCCUAGAAAAAAUAACUAAAAAACUAGUUACUCUGUUAGCACUCUGUACAGCUCACAGAGUGCAAACCUUAUCUCUCAUAAAACUAGAAAAUAUCACAGAAGCCCCAGAUGGAAUCAAAAUUGCAAUAGUUGACAUAAUUAAAACUUCCGCGGUAGGCCGAGAACAACCCAUAUUAAAAUUGCCCUUUUUCCGCGAAAAAUUAAGUAUCUGCCCAGCUACAACCCUUAAGGAUUACAUUUUCGUCACGAAAAAGUUAAGGGUCGAUAGCAAGGGAACUCUUUUCCUUACGUAUAAGCGACCUCACAAAGCCGCUAGCAGUCAAACCCUAAGUAGGUGGAUUAAACUAGUAUUACACGAAAGUGGCGUGGAUGUCAAUGUAUUCAGUGCUCAUAGCACCCGCCAUUCUGCUACCUCAACCGCUUUUGCGGCUGGAAUCAGCCUAGAUACGAUUAGAAAGGCAGCUGGCUGGACCAGCAACUCUCAAACUUUUGCCAAAUUUUAUAACCGGCCAAUAAUCAACUGUAAUGAUGAUUAUGAUUUCGCUAGAUCGAUUUGUUUCCCAGAAACCAUUGUCAGCGACAGUGAUGAAUCUUAAAUGCUAAUUAUACCAGAUAUACAUAAAUUCAUAUGAUUUAAUAUAUUGUUUUGUGAUGAUUAGACAUGCUAAAUACUAAAUGAAGAAAAUAAAACAAUGAAUAAUAAAAGCAGUUUUAUUUUUUUUACAAAACUUUCUAACAUCUCUAAACAUCUACCUGUUAAAACAUUAUAUCGAGAAUGAAGCGAUGAAAUAUAAUAGAUGAUUAAACGAACUUUCCUAAAGUGAAGUUCGAUCACUAUUAUAUGAGUCGCUUCAUUCGAAGAUAUAAGCAUAAUCACCCACCCAUCCCUAGGUGACCCAAAUAAGAAAGUUUUGUUGUGACUCUAAAAAAUGAAGUCUACGGCAGCGCCCCACCCUUAGGUGGCGGCAGCCGGAUGUACUAAUACCAGUUUUCAAUCAAAUGAAGUACUCUAAAAGCGUGCCAGUUGCCUG